GCAAAAGCUGAUUCAGCAACAUCUGAAUGCACAUUUCUAAGUGACUGGGUAUGGAAUUAACCCUAUUUCUAAAUCCCCAGUGGUACACGGAGAUAAACUGCAGCCCUUUACGACUUUCCAAUGAAGGAAUAAGUGCAAACAGGGCCCCUCAAACUGGAUGUUAAUUCCUGCAAAUCCUCCCUGCUACCGCCAGUCUUCCAAAGGGAAAGACGGUUUUUCUCUGCCUGACUAUAUGGUCCUGCACAUCAGAAAGGGGCAGUUCACCACUUAGACUGGAGCAAAGCCAAUUGGUAUAGGCAGAGCACCGACGGUCCUUGUGGUGAUAUUGUGUUCCCCAACAUAUUGUGCACCCUAAUAAACUUAUCUGGGGUCAGAGAACAGAACAGCCACUAGAUAUAGAGGCCAGAAAAUGGUGGCACUCACACCUUUAAUCCUAUCACUUGGGAGGCAGAGAUCCAUCAAUCCCUCAGGAUCUCUGUGAGUUUAAAGCCACACUGGAAACAGCCAGGCAUGGUGACUCAUGCCUUUAAUCCCAGGAAGUGAGCCUUUAAUCCCAGGAAGUGAUGACAGAAAGCAGAAAGGUAUAUAAGGCAUGAGAACCAGGAACUAGAGCUGGUUAAACUUUUAGGCUUUUGAGCAGCACCGUUCAGCGGAGAAGCAUCCAGUCUGAGAAUACAGGAUCAGCUGAGGAAUUGGCAAGGUGAGGUAGCUGUGGCUUGUUCUGCUUCUCUGAUCUUCCAGUGUUCACCCCAACACCUGGCUCUGGGUUUGUUUUUAUUAAUAAGAACUUUUAAGAUUCAUGCUACAGGUCCUUAAUGUGGCAUUUGGGCCCACUGUUCCUGUGGAAGGUCUUAAUUGACUGGGAAGGUUGUGCUGAGCCAGCCCCACCCUAGAGUCAGUGGAGAGGGACAAGGAAACUGCAGGUCAUAGUUGGAGUCUUAGAAACUAACUAGCAUGCGCCGGCCCUGGAGCAGCUGCAGGGAAGGGAAUGUGUACACAGAGAAGUCAGGAAAGGGACAGAAUUGGGCCUUUUCAAGAUGGCUGCCCCAUUCCUUGAGCAUCUAAACAUUUUACAAGCAGCCAGUUGGCAGACCAUGACUGGUGCAUUUUAUCUAACCUAUGGAAUGUUUGUUUUUAACUUCUGAAUCAGCUGCUAACACUUAAAAAUGAAGAGAUUUCACAUACAGGUCUAGAUUUCUGGCUUCUUCAAGCAGUUAAGCACCUGGCCAUGCUAGGCCCUCCCACCACAGGGAGAUGAACCUCUGUGUGGAACAUCUGCUCUCCAGGAGGCCACUGCACUCAUUGUUUAGCACUGCAGACUCCCUGCUUGUUUUUCUUGAUCUAAAAUGUUGUAUACUGCAACUCUGGGAGGGAGGAAGGGAGAUCGAAUAGAUCCCUAAGACCCUGGCCCCUCCAGAUUCAGGUGCCUCUUGAGGUGGCAUGGUGGCCCUAGGCUCCUAAGAUCUGUAAUGGAAUCAGGACAAGAUAUUGUUUGUUUUUCUAAACACCAACUGGAGAACUGCCUGUCACUGGCGAUCAGGAUGGCCAUGACGCCACCUCAGGCUGAGGCUGACUAUGUACGGACCCUCUCAACGACUCUGCAAAUCUUGAAACAGUCCUCUCCCUCAUUUCUAGGAGGGAGACCUUGAAGUUUACUGUCACAGCCAGUGGCAGAACAAGUCGACAGACUCCUGAACAAUUCUCUUUACCAAGCAAACACUUCUCUAUCCGGGUAUUUGCUGAUGGCUAUGGCCAGGCCCCUCAGACGGUCUGUAGCACAACACACAUGCCACUGUGGAUUCAAUAUUAGCCUUUCUGUGUUUUAUGAUUUAUUGUGGACCUAUAUAUCACUUGUGCGGAGGUCAGAGGACUUGUGGUAAUUGCUUCUUCCAACAUGUGAGUCCCAGAGAUUGAACUCAAGUUUGACCCAAAGUGUCUUUACUUUCUGGGCCAUCUCAACAGCCUUUAAGAGCGCACUCUUAGACUUUAGUCCCAGCAGUGGGGAAGCAGAAGCAGGAGGAGCUCUGUGAGUUCCAGGCCAUCCUGGUCUAGAAAGAGAGUUCAAAGACAGCCGGGACUGUUAACAGAGAAAUCCUGUCUCAGCACACUCUUUGGAGCCGGGGAUAGCACACAGUGCUUACCAUGUAUGUGCUAAACCUAGGGUUCAUGCCCCAUUGUUGAAUAAACUGGGUGUGGUGGACCUCACCUGUCUCUUCUGAGUUAAAGGAAGAAGUUCAAGGUUAUCCCCUUGGCUACAUAGGAAGUUCAAGCACCCAUCCUGGGCUAGAGAGACCCUGUCUCAAAAUAAAUAACAAAACAAAACAAACUCACUGAGAAGCCUUUUAACCCAUGCAGCGAUGUCCCCUGAAGCAGGGUGACACAUAGUGAUUUUAUCUGUCAGGAUGGGGCAGGUAAGCCAGGUGCUGUGGUUAAGUGACUGAGGGACUGUGGACAAGUCUGAGAGGACAGCUUCCAAACUGCAGCUCACAUGCCUAUGAAAUGGUGUCAGCUGGCCAAGUUAUCUCUGAUGAUGCUUGAAGGACACAUCAUUUUGUUGUUGUUGUUGUUUGGUGUUUUGAGACAGGGUUUCUCUGCGUAGCCCUGCCUGUCCUGGAACUCACUCUGUAGACCAGGCUGGCCUCGAACUCAGAGAUCUGCCUGCCUCUGUGCUGGGAUUAAAGGUGUGCACCACCAUUGCCCGACCCCAUAAAUUCAUUUUUAAAACUAGUCUUUGAUUAUCAUUUCUCUUCAAGCUUUCCCGAGAUGUAAAAGCUCCAGGUCUCCAGCUGGUUCUAACUUCUGCUAAUAGCAUCCUCUUCUCCCGAACCCCUCUCCACCUCACCUCACCCAAGUCUAGCACCAGCGUUCAGAGGCCUGGAAACUUAUUAGCGAGGAUGUCAGAUGGAAACUUAAGAGGUCGGGAUGUCGGAAAUAAAGGUGUGAAGGUGGGGAGGAAGAAUUGUUUGGGCUUUAAGAUCGGAAUCUCCUAGGUUCCUGCUAGACCAAUCUGCAGCUUUUAAACAAUGUCAUCAGCGCCCCGCUGCGGAAUUCAAAGCUCAGCUUGUCACGACUGUUAACAUCUUCUUUGACCAGGCUCUUUAUUUGACAAUUUUUCUCUUCUGUUCCUCUCUUCUUGCCACCGGGAAGGUUCCAGAAGAACAUUGGUUUAGAAGUCGGGAGAAGAUACAUUCUGUGCUAGCUGGCUUGCAGGAUGCCGGUACAGCUGACUACAGCCCUGCGUGUGGUGGGCACCAGUCUGUUUGCCCUGGUGGUGCUUGGGGGCAUCCUGGCAGCCUAUGUGACAGGCUACCAGUUUAUCCACACAGAAAAGCACUACCUGUCCUUCGGCCUCUACGGUGCCAUCCUGGGUCUACAUUUGCUCAUCCAGAGCCUGUUUGCCUUCCUAGAGCACCGACGCAUGCGCAGGGCAGGGCGCCCCCUGAAGCAACGUUCGGUGGCACUCUGCAUUGCUGCCUACCAAGAGGACCCUGAGUACUUGCGCAAGUGCCUGCGUUCAGCUCAGCGCAUCUCCUUUCCAAACCUCAAGGUGGUCAUGGUAGUGGAUGGCAAUCGCCAGGAAGAUGCCUACAUGCUGGACAUCUUCCACGAGGUGCUGGGCGGCACUGAGCAAGCUGGCUUCUUUGUGUGGCGUAGCAAUUUCCAUGAAGCAGGUGAAGGAGAGACGGAGGCCAGCCUGCAGGAAGGCAUGGAGCGCGUGCGAGCCGUGGUGUGGGCCAGCACUUUCUCAUGUAUCAUGCAGAAAUGGGGAGGCAAGCGUGAGGUCAUGUACACAGCCUUCAAGGCCCUUGGCAACUCAGUGGACUACAUCCAGGUGUGUGACUCUGACACUGUGCUGGAUCCAGCCUGCACCGUUGAGAUGCUUCGUGUCUUGGAAGAAGAUCCUCAAGUAGGGGGCGUUGGAGGAGAUGUCCAAAUCCUCAACAAGUAUGACUCAUGGAUCUCCUUCCUGAGCAGCGUGAGGUACUGGAUGGCCUUCAACGUGGAGCGGGCCUGCCAGUCCUACUUUGGCUGUGUACAAUGUAUCAGUGGGCCUUUGGGCAUGUACCGAAAUAGCCUCCUUCAGCAGUUCCUGGAGGACUGGUACCAUCAGAAGUUCCUAGGCAGCAAGUGCAGUUUUGGGGAUGAUCGACACCUGACCAAUCGAGUCCUGAGUCUUGGUUACCAGACUAAGUACACAGCACGCUCUAAGUGCCUCACAGAGACCCCCACUAAGUACCUGCGAUGGCUCAACCAGCAGACCCGCUGGAGCAAGUCAUACUUCCGGGAAUGGCUCUAUAAUUCUCUGUGGUUCCAUAAGCACCACCUCUGGAUGACCUAUGAAUCGGUGGUCACAGGCUUCUUCCCAUUCUUCCUCAUUGCCACAGUCAUACAACUUUUCUACCGUGGUCGCAUCUGGAACAUUCUCCUCUUCCUGCUGACGGUGCAGCUGGUGGGCAUUAUCAAGGCUACCUAUGCCUGCUUCCUUCGAGGCAAUGCAGAGAUGAUCUUCAUGUCUCUUUACUCCCUUCUCUAUAUGUCCAGCCUCCUGCCAGCCAAGAUCUUUGCCAUUGCUACCAUCAACAAGUCUGGCUGGGGCACUUCUGGCAGAAAAACCAUUGUAGUGAACUUCAUUGGCCUAAUCCCUGUGUCCAUCUGGGUAGCAGUUCUUCUAGGGGGCCUAGCCUACACAGCUUAUUGUCAGGACUUGUUCAGUGAGACUGAACUAGCCUUCCUAGUCUCUGGGGCCAUCCUGUAUGGCUGCUACUGGGUGGCCCUCCUCAUGCUCUAUCUGGCCAUUAUUGCCCGGAGGUGUGGGAAAAAGCCAGAGCAGUACAGCCUAGCUUUUGCUGAGGUGUGAUAUAACCCCGAGUAAAGUGGGAAAAGUGCAAUGGGUAAGGGAGGGGAGGGGAAUGGAAAAGACAGGGUGGGAGGGAGAAGGGAGUGUUGUGUUCUAGUUUCAUGGCUGAAAGGACAAAUCUGAAAUGCAAAGAAUGGUGACUGGUGUGGCCUGGGUAGCUCUGCUCUGGAAGUGCAGCACUGAUUCUUCAGGCACGGGGCAGAUGGACUUGUUUUCAGGCUACCUGUCUGCUUGCCCUUGCACAGGCAGUGAUCUCUGAGAAAAGAUUUUACUUCCUUCUGGGAACUACAGAGAACCCAGAAAUGUGCUAAACCAAGUGGUAAUUCCAUCCUGUGACAACUGGUACAGAAGCAAUGACAGCCUUCAGGAAAGUGUCUUCCUAGUCCACUUGAACAUGAUGAGAUGUAAGCGACGUGCCCAUCAAGUCUGGCCAGCUAGUACCCCUUUCCCCAACCUCUAAUUAGCCAUCAAUGCAUUAAGUUUGUGCCUGAGAUAACAAGGCUGGGAAACCUGAUCUUUGGUCAGAAAACAGGGUCUAAGAAAUGGUGCUUUAUGUAAUAGACUCCACACCACACCAAAACAUCCCAGAGAUGGGCCAAGCCACCAGGAGUAAGUACUAAGUUUAGUGGUUGGUUUUUUGUGCAUACUAUAAAGGAAAGUUUGGUCAGGUGUCAUGGGUGUAAUCCCAGCACUUGGAAGGUAGAUAGAUAUAAGAGAUCAGAGGUUCAAGGCCAGGCUGGACUACAUGAGAUCCUGUCUCUUACAAAAAUAGUUUGACAGGAGGGACAAAGAGAUUGUCGUGGUGCUAAAAAACCAUGGAGGCCUUGGACUGAAUGUGUUCCAACUGGAAACUGCUCAGACUUUUACAAGGAUUCCAAAACUGUCAAGAGACCUUGCUGGGCAGAUCAAAUCUACCAGGAAGUUCAAAUGUGUUCAGGGAAGUCUUAGUUUUUUGGCUCAUUCAUACCUGAUUCCUCUCAAAUUCAGCUCUGAUCCGAGGCUAGACUUCCUACUCGAUAUUUCAUUUUCUUCAAUGGCACAUAGUUGUUCUUAGUUGUUGUUUUCUAUGGGGGGGGGCAGCAGUCCCCUCUCCAUUUUCAUGAGUAAGUUUCUUCACGUGGCAGAGCACGAACUCUUACAAGACCUACAAGACUUACAAGGCUGCUCCCGACAUGCAUGGAAAGAACAUCACUUCUGACCACACUGCUCCUCAUCUUACAACUGUCAGUACCUGGCAGCUGGUUAGCAUGUGUGACUUCAGAUACCUGUUCUCGACAAUCAUCCCCAGUGGAAAGCCCAAACGAACCCUCAAAUCCAAGUUGGUCAUCUUUGAGACCAUCCAUUCUCCUCAGUGGCUUCUCCAAGGAAUCCUAUGGCCAGGUAAUGGAUACUCCUCCAUUUGCUGCUUCAGUCCAGAAAAACCAACAGGAGCUGGAACUGGUCCAGCAGUCUCCAGUCACUUCAGCACUCCCCUCACCCCCUCACAGCUGCUUGAUUUCCCCUCUUCUUUUGGGGAGUGAUGAGGAGCUUUUUAUAUCGUUUUGAAAUCCAGACCAGACUUAGCUUUUGGAUCUAAAACCUGGGAUCAUGACUAAGCCUUUGACUUUAGGGGUUGCUUCUACAUUUUCCAAACAUUUGUUCUCACAGGGGCCAGCUAACCCCUCAGAACCAACCCUAAGGUGGAGAACAGUGUACACAGGUGCUUCCUACACAGGAAUGAUGUGCACUCUGAACCACAGAUGGGCAAACCCUGGGAUUUCCCUUCCUCUCAUGAACACAAGGGUUUUCCAUGUGUAGCUUACAGUUGCCACAGCACACAGACCUCAAGUUUCCAAUAAAAUUGCUGGCUGAUGUCAAGCCCAACUAAUGGUGGCCGGGAAGCAGCAGCAGCCGUUUGUUUAAAGGCGGUUGUUCUGGGCCCUUCUGCUAAGAAGUGAACUAUUUUGAACACUGCAAUGGAGGCAAUCCAGUCAGCCAAGCACAGGGCUGACUGCACUAAGGGUGUUUCUCCUCAGCUUCUUCUACUUGAAGGUUAGUACAGGACAAUGGACUCUGGAUGAAAACUGGUUGUCCGACCGUCAGCUCCUCUGUCUUGUACUGUGCUCGCCUCUCCUCAGAUUAAAGAUGCAGAGACAGCAGUGAGCUUACAACAUUUGACCUCGACUGGACUUUCUAAUUUAUUUUGUAGGUUUUUCAGCAGCAAAACUAAACUGACUCUACAGCUGGAUCCCUGUUCUACGAGGGAGGAGCCUUUAUACAAUGAGACUCAUUUUGGUUUUUCCUCAUUGACAAUUUCAGCCUCUUUUGUAUUAUUUCUACAAUUUGUAAACAUAUUUAUUUUUACCUGCUUUUUUUAAAUAAGGAGGGAACUUUAUUUAACAUUAAGGGUGGGAGGGAACCAGAAGGGAGGUGGCUUUACUUGGUGACAAUGUUCAUAUCAUGUUCUUGGCACAGCCACUGAGCACAAUGCAUGGGCCUUUUGCCUCUGAGGCAGUCACAGUGCAGAAGUGUGCAGCCGGAGCUCUAGCUUCAUUUUGUCAAAGUCCUUCAGAUUGAAGCAGCGGUAUGGCUUCUGGAAAACCUCCUUGGAUUUUUGUUUCUAGCCUACAUAUCCAUGUACGCAACCUUAACAUGGGACUUAUAGCCAUCCCUCUCCUUGAAGUCUUAGAUGAAGCCAUGGCAGUCCUUUUGCUUUCUAUACUUAAUGAUCUUGUUCUCAAUGCUGUGCAUGGCUAGGGGUGGCAACAUGCCGGGGCCAUCCUCCGUACUGCGGGAUCCAGCAAAGGGACUAUGACUGCCCUCUUUUCCCAAGAAGCUCCUUGUCCAGGAAUGGCCGAGGAGGUUGAGAACUCUUGCUGCUGCUUAUGCAGGCUGCUCAUGCUCCAGCUCAAGUUUUCCCUGACUAUUUAGAAAGCAUUCUCACUAAGGAUAUGAUCCUUAUUUAACUCAAAUCCAGGAGCUGCUCCUGUUCCUCCAGGUGGCCAGAUAUACCAUAGGUGGGAAUUCUUCAUAGAGUGCAGCAGAGCUCUACCAGGACCCCCUUCUCAGGAUGAUCUUUCUCCUGCUUCACAAGCUCUACCAUCUUUCUUGAUUCUGUCUUAUAGCCGCUGCAGUCAUUGCAGGGGCCACAACCAAUGUCCCUCACCCCUCCCACCCCAGCUGCUUUAACUCGGCCUUCUCCUUCUGCACCUCCGGGACACUGAUAGCAGAGCUCCACCUGUCAUUCUUCUUGCUGAUGUCUAUGUUCUCUACUCCAGCAUCAUGUGAGGAUGUAGACUGAAGAUACGGGCUUCCUCUUUCUCCAGGACCACCUCUCCACUCUGGGUAGUUGGUGCUGACCUUUGCCCAGCAGUAUGGAACUUAAGUCCCCCUUGUGAGUCUACUGUUCAAGAGGCUAAACAGACCUUCCCUUUCUGCUUAGUCAUCUCAAAGGUCACCAUCUCGAGUGUGGAAUACUUCAGAUGAGCUGAGGCCCUGCUGAACUUGUAGUUGCAGGCCGACCCAGUUCUCUGCAGUUCUCAUUCAUGAGACCAUUGGAGUACCACUCUAGCUCACAUGGAAGGUGUCUAGCCAGUUCUCCAAUCCCCAUCUUAUUUGGCUACCAAAGAGCAAAGAUUUUGUGUGUCAAAACCACCUGCAUGGUGAGGCUCGGUGCAAAGCAGGUGCUAGGACCCCUUCCACAGUUCCACAUUCUUCUCAGCCGACUUUUUAUCCCCAGGUCCACAUCACCAGCAGCACAUCUCCUCUGGCAGCACCCCCUUUGUCCUUAAAGGUAAACAUCAGUCUCUCCUUGGAAUUAAUGCAUGCUCUUCAGUGAGGUCCUGCGGGUCUCAAGCACUGUACAUCCUCUACCCAAACUCCUCCACCAGCAAUGAUGCCAAUCUCUUUUUUUUGGUUUUUCAAGACAGGGUUUCUCUGUGUAGCUUUGGAGUCUGUCCUGGAUCUCCCUCUGUAAUCCAGGCUGGCCUUGAACUCACAGGAACCUGCCUGCCUCUGCCUCCGAGUGCUGGGAUUAAAGGCGUGCGCCACCACCGCCCGGCCUGACACCCAUCUCUUGAUCUAGCUCCUCCACCAGCUGUCCUCUGGCGAGCCUUCUGGGGCUCCUCACCAUCCAAGCUGUGGUGUUCCCACGCAGGGCUCACCCUCCCCCAACUUCUGGCUCAGGAAGGCCUUUCUUGUAGCUCUUCUCUAAAGGCCAUGGGAUUGAAACACUGGCUGCUUUAAGCUCCUCUUUUUUUUUUUUUUUUUUUUUUUUUUUCUUUUUUUGGUUUUUUUGAGACAGGUUUCUCUGUGUAGUUUUGGUGCCUGACCUGGAUCUCACUCUGGAUCCAACACUGCCCGGCAAGCUCCUCUUUCUUAACACUGAUCUUCAAGAGUUUCAACCCCAACUUGGCUGGACCUGGCUGUUCCAAUGCCAAGUAAUAGCAUCUCCUGAGCUGGAUGGGCCUCAGUAGUCUUCACACUUUCUAGCUUCUCCACUGCUCAGAGUACUGUGCAGCACCAUUAGGGACCUGAGUUUCCACACACCCACACACCUCCACCUCUUGCUCACCACAGGUGCCAUUCUGGUGCUGUUUCUUGUACUCCUAAUGUUGCUAUGGCAGCUUGAUGGUGCCUUGGCCAGCCACCACUGGUCCUAGCCACCUUUCUCUCAGAGGAGCUUGAUGACCCCAUAGUUAGUGUUAAGUUGGCCUUAUUGGGCCCACCAAGCCCUGAUGACACAAAAUGCCAACAAUUCCAGGUGACAAGGCAGCUGCCAACCUGGUGCUGGCAACCAUGAGCGGCUGCUUCUGGCAUUGUCCUUUUCAUCGUUCUUGGAGAUUAGCUUUUUUGUUGUUUUCAGGUCAACAAUUUUUUUACUGCACUUAACAAAAUAAAAACCCUUACAUAAUG